AAUAGUUACUUUCACUUGCACUGCUGCACGCUUCUAACGCCGAUAUACGAACCUCAUCUCGGUCCCUUCCCUCUUCUAUCAAAAGCCAAGAACAUAGGACAACACCACAAACGCAGCAGAAGAACAAAAAGCAACAUUAUUUAAAACCAAAACACUAUACUACUCUACUAAAGCAGACACAUUCAAAGAAACAUUAGAAAAAGAAACCAAGUGAGUCAGUGACUCAGGUUUACAAGUACUACUUCUCUGAACCCACAAAAAACCUCACUCUCCACCAUUUUCAGUCAAAAGAGUAACAUGGGUUUUCCUCCAUUUCUCUGCUUUCUCCUAACACUCUUCGCAUUCUUUUCUCCACAACCCAUAUAUGGAAACAAUGAAUUGCAAGCUCUUAUGGACUUAAAGGCAAGUCUUGACCCUGAAAAUGCUUUGCUCAUUUCAUGGACAGUUUCUGGUGAUCCAUGUGAUGGUUCUUUUGAAGGUGUUGCGUGUAAUGAAAAAGGUCAAGUGGCUAAUAUUUCACUUCAAGGUAAAAGGCUUUCUGGGAAACUGUCGCCAGCCAUUAGUGGGCUUUCUCACUUGACGGGACUCUACUUGCAUUAUAAUUCUUUGUAUGGAGAAAUACCCAGAGAAAUUUCAAGUUUGAUUGAGCUUACUGAUCUGUAUUUGAAUGUCAAUAAUCUCUCUGGUGAGAUUCCUUCUGAACUUGGUAAUAUGUCCAGCUUGCAAGUUUUGCAACUAUGCUAUAACCAGUUCAGUGGUAGCAUACCCACUCAACUAGGGACUCUAAAGAAGCUCAAUGUCCUCGCUCUGCAAUCAAAUCAGUUAACUGGGGCGAUCCCCGCUAGCUUGGGGGAGUUAGGAGUGUUGAUGAGGGUGGACUUGAGUUCUAAUCAUCUUUUUGGUUCAAUUCCUUCAAAACUCGCGGAUGCUCCCCUUCUUGAAGCCUUGGAUAUCCGAAACAACAAGCUUUCUGGCAAUGUGCCUCUUGCUUUGAAGAGAUUAGUUGGAGGAUUUCAGUAUGAGAACAAUCCAGGACUAUGCGGAGUAGGUUUCCCGUCCUUGAGGGUUUGUACCUCUUUGGAUCGCUCAAAUCCUAAUAGACCAGAGCCCUAUGGAGGUGGCUCGAGUGGUUUAUCAACAAGAGAUAUUCCAGAGACAGCUAAUCUCAAUCUAAAUUGCAGCGGAAAUGGCUGUGCAAAGUCAUCUAAAACCUCACAGGCAUCUGUUGUUGUAGGGGUUAUUGUGGUUACUGUUAUUGCAUCUGCUAUUGGAGUUCUUACCUUCACGCACUAUAGAAGGCGAAACCAGAAACUCAGAGGUGGACUUGAUAUGUGUGAUAGCCGUCUCAGUACUGACCAGGCUAAGGAGGUUAAUAGGAAGAACGGUUCUCCACUAGUUAGUCUUGAGUACUCGAGUGGUUGGGAUCCUUUGGCUGAGGGUCGGCGUUAUGGUGGAGUUUCCCAAGAGGUUUUGCAGAGCUACAGAUUCAAUUUGGAAGAGGUGGAGUCAGCUACACAGUAUUUUGCUGAUAAGAAUCGAUUGGCUAAGAGCAACUUUUCGACUACAUAUAGAGGGACUCUAAGAGAUGGAUCACUUGUUGCUGUUACGAGACUUACCAAAAUUAGCUGCAAGUCAGAGGAAGCCGAGUUUUUAAGAGGACUAAACAUUUUGACGUCUCUGAGACAUGAAAAUUUAGUUAGGUUGAGAGGUUUCUGCUGCUCUAAAAGCAGGGGAGAAUGUUUUCUCGUUUAUGAUUUUGUUCCAAGAGGUAACUUGUUGCAUUACCUAGAUGUGAAGGAGGAUGACGCUCGUGCACUUGAAUGGUCCACCAGGGUAUCUAUCAUAAGUGGCACCGCAAAAGGGAUCGAGUAUUUGCACGGGUGCAAGGUGAAUAAGCCAGCUCUAGUGCAUCAAAAUAUCUGUGCUGAGAACGUGCUCCUUGACCAGCGAUUCAAACCAUUGCUUUCAAACUCAGGCCUGCAUAAGCUUCUCACAAAUGAUAUCGUCUUUUCAGCACUCAAGGCCAGUGCUGCCAUGGGAUAUUUAGCUCCAGAGUACUCUACUACAGGCCGAUUUACGGAGAGGAGUGAUAUUUAUGCCUUUGGAGUGCUAAUUUUUCAAAUUCUCUCUGGCAAGCGAAAAUUCACCAGUUCAAUGCGUGCUGCUGCUGAGUCGUGCAAACUCCAUGACUUGAUGGAUGCGAAUCUCCGUGGAAGGUUCUCUGACCCCGAAGCAGUAAAACUAGCAAAUAUUGCUUUGUUAUGUACACAUGAAUGUCCAGAGGAGAGACCAACCAUGGAAACAAUCGUACGAGAACUUGGUAAUUUAGCUAUCUUUUCCUAAUGCUAAUGAACUUCUUCCAUUUGUUGGCUCUGGCAAAUUUUCUUUCCUAACUUAUUAGCUGGAGAUAGGUUCCUACUAACCUUGCACGAGUAUUGGGGUGGAGUGGAUUUACACAUAUAGUUCGUGAAGUUCUUUGAACGUGAACCUCGACUCUUUUGUGAAUGUCUGUAUCUUGUAUGCCAUUUAACCUUAGAAUUUCUCAGUUUGGAGGAAUUUCCUGUCUUUCUCAUGGAUUAUUAUUAUUCUGUUUGUAAAAAGAAGGAUUUUCCUCCAUU